AUGGCGGGCGAUGAAGAUUCUGUGGCGGGCGUGAAUAAACCGUCGGAAAUGGAGGAGGUGACAGCCGAUGCUCUGGCGGCCGUAGGCGCCGAGAAACGCGAGUCGACUCCGGAAUCGGGCCAUUCGGGUUCAAGUGCUGGCGGAGAAAGAGCGGAGGCCGAAGGAGGAGGUCUUCCGGAGAACCAUGCGGCGGAGGGGGAGACGGAGUUCGUUGAGGAUACUGUGGCGGAGAUGCAUGAACUGCCGCCGGUGGUGGAGACGGCGGCGGUGGAGGAGGGUGGCGGUGGAGUGGUUGCUCUCCAAAGCGAAGAUCAGCCGCCAGAAAUUAAUGAUGUGGACGGGGGAGAUGUUGUCAUUGAAACUCCAUUACCGGUGGUUGCUUCCCACGUGGUGGGUGCCCAGGCAGACGGGGAAGGUGUCACUGAAAUGGAUGCCACCCCAUGUGAGGAUCAGGCAGGCGGAACGGAAGCCGGGGGAGAACCUGAAUCAGAAAUGGAUAAGAAAGUGGUUCUUACCGAUUCCAAUCCUCAGAUUGAUGAUGCCGUAGGGGAUGAAAUGCCGGUGGACCUUCUUGUUGAAGUGAAAGCUGACCAAGAUUUAUCCUCACUAGUUGAACCCAAUGUGGGGGAAGCAGAUACUGAGGCAGGUAAUACGAAACAGAUAACUGAGUUCCAAAUGGAUGCAAGAAAAGAUGAUUUGCAGGUGGGUUUUGAAGGAAUGGAGGUUUUGGUUAUUAAAUCUGAGGAGCACGUGACCGAUGGAAAGGAAAAUGAAGCAGCAGGAGUGACUUGUCUGAUGGCUGAUAGUUGUGAGGUAGAGAAUAAGGUAGAGGCAGUGGUGGAGGGUGAUAAAGUCGAUGAGGAGAAGGAGAAGGUCGCUGAUUCGGUGAAUGAUUCAGAAGUUGAAACUAUUGAAAAACCAGCAAUCUUUGAAGAUGAAAAAGUUGACUCUGUGACUCUUGAGGAAACACCAGUCACUGGUCGUGAAACGGAUGUGGAAAUAAAAACUGAGUUAAAUGCACGUGUAGUUGUUACAAGCGAACAAGAGCAGAUUCCUGAAUCAAGCCACCAUUUGAAUAAUCAUGAUGAAGAACUUGAUCAUGCUGAGGAGAAUUUGGCAUCUGGGACUACGAUGGUGGAUGAGAGCAUGACUGUAGAGGUAUCGGGGGUUGACAUGACAGAAAAUGAAGAUGCAGUAGUAAGAAAGAAUCUUCCUGAAGUGGAUGGGAAAGAAGAAACAGAGAUGGGAGAGGAGUUAGAGUUGCCAAGGAAUGAUGUGGCAGAUGAUAAACAGUUGGACGAUGCUGAAUUCGGAACUGAAAAGGGAACAGACGAGUUGGCUGAUAGAACCUCAGAUGAGGAUGGCAAGAUGGAAACAGAGGAAACAAAUAGUGAUGCCGAUGAGCCUGGUCCCGACCUUUAUGAUUCCCCAGCUGCUCUCGAUGAGGAGGAAGAUGAAGCAAUGGCUGUAGAAGAGGAGACUGGAACACAGGACACGGAAAUGGAGACCGAAGCCAAUAUUGCUGACUCAGGGAAAGCAUCUGGAGGGAAGCGAAAGAGGGCAAAAUCGUCGAAAAAUUCAUUAUCAACUCCUAAGGGAACUACAAAAGCUUCAUCAAGGAAGACUGUGGGAGAGGAUGUUUGUUUCAUAUGCUUUGAUGGGGGGGAACUUGUGCUGUGUGACCGGAGAGGUUGCCCGAAGGCAUAUCAUCCAUCAUGCGUCAACAGAGAUGAGGCGUUUUUUAAAUCCAAGGGCCGCUGGAACUGCGGUUGGCACUUGUGUAGCAUUUGUGAGAAGAAUGCCCGCUACAUGUGCUACACAUGUACUUUUUCAUUGUGUAAAAGUUGCACGAAAGAUGCAAUUAUCCUAUGUGUCCGGGGAAAUAAAGGUUUUUGCCAGACCUGCAUGAGGACAGUUAGGCUAAUUGAGAACAAGGAACAGGGAAGCCGAGAGGCUCAAGUAGAUUUUGAUGACAGAAACAGCUGGGAGUACCUCUUCAAGGAUUAUUACAUAGAAUUAAAAUCAAAGCUGUCACUUUCGUUAGAUGAAAUUGCAGAGGCAAAAAAUCCAUGGAAGGGGGCAGAUGUGUUGUCUGGUUCCAGCAAACAGGAAUUAUCUGACGCUCGUGCUGAUGCUAAUGAUGGAGGAUCUGGUUCAGAUGAUUCAAUUGAAAACAGAGAAACUAUUAGGCCUAAAAGAAGAAAGACCAGGAAACAACGGAAGUCCCUUUCCAGAGAAGAGGAUAUAGUUAGCACUGGUGUUCACAACUCUGAAUGGGCAUCAAAAGAGCUACUUGAAUUUGUUUCACACAUGAAAGAUGGUGAUACAUCUUUACUGUCACAGUUUGAUGUGCAAGCUCUUUUGCUCGAGUAUAUCAAGAGAAACAAGCUUCGUGAUCCUCGCCGGAAAAGUCAAAUCAUGUGUGAUGCAAGGCUUACGAAUUUAUUCGGGAAGCCUAGAGUUGCACAUUUUGAGAUGUUAAAACUUCUGGAGUCUCAUUUUCUUGUAAGAGAUGAGCAUAAUGAUGAUUUUCAAGGAAGUGUUGUCGACACUGAGAAUAACCAGUUGGAUGAUGAUGGAAAUGGUGACCCUCAGGCCAAGGGCAGUAAAGAUAGGAAACGCAAAUCACGCAAGAAAGGUGAUCGGGGGCCUCAGUCUAAUCUUGAUGAUUAUGCAGCUAUUGACAUGCACAACAUUGGUUUAAUUUACCUGCGAAGAAAGUUGAUGGAAGACCUACUUGAAGACGCUGAAAUGUUUCAUGAUAAAGUCAUUGGAACUUUUGUACGAAUAAGGAUUUCUGGAAGUAACCAAAAACAAGAUUUGUAUAGAUUAGUUCAAGUUGUAGGCACAAGCAAAGCAGCAGAACCUUACAAAAUUGGCAAAAAGAGCACUGACACUAUGGUGGAAAUCUUAAAUCUAGACAAGACCGAGAUUGUAUCAAUUGAUACCAUCUCAAAUCAAGAUUUCACAGAGGAGGAAUGUAAGCGACUUCGCCAGAGUAUCAAAUGUGGACUCAUCAGAAGGCUGACUGUGGGUGAGAUUCUUGACAAGACAACCGAAAUACAGGCAGCCAGAGUCAAUGAUUGGCUGGAAUCAGAGACCUUGAGGCUGAGUCAUCUACGUGAUCGAGCGAAGAAAUUACAGCUUUUGAAGACUCCCGAAGAGCGUCGACGCAGGCUUGAUGAAUUUCCUGAAAUACACGCAGAUCCAAAGAUGGACCCGAGCUACGAAUCGGAUGAUAAUGACAGUGAAAAUGAAGACAGUAGAAGAGAUGCUUUCAUGAGAGCUAGAGGUAUUAACAGGAGGCCACGGGCCCCAAUCUCUCCUGGAAGUGAUAGCUCCUCGAAAUUAACAAUUAAAAAUUGGGAAUCGACAAAGUAUUCGUUGGGCAGUAGCUUUUCUGCCAACACUACUCAUGUUGGCGAGAUAGUAAACGAUAAUUCUUCUUGGAAUUCGGAAAGUGUUAUUAAAGGUACGGACGGAUUCGGUAAUUUAGAGAAACAGAUUUCCAGUUCUAACCCUGAGCAUAUCGAGCGGGCCCCACGCUCCACUGCUUCAGUGAUGAUAACCCCACAAUCAUCAUCUCUCUCAUCUGGAGGAGCAGCAGUUGAAAUUGCUGCUGUCAAGAUAAACGAGUCGGAAAAAAUAUGGCAUUAUCAGGACCCUUCAGGUAAAAUCCAAGGACCCUUUUCCAUGGUGCAACUGCGUAAAUGGAACAACACUGGUUAUUUCCCGGCCAAUCUAAAAAUCUGGAGAUCCUCCGAGAAGCAAGAGAAGUCGAUACUUUUAGCUGAUGCUUUGGAAGGAAAAUUCCCGAAAGAUUCGCCUGCAACUAAUAAUAAUAAUAAUAAUAAUACCCUUUAUAAUAGCUCACAUUCCUUGGGUAGCCACUCUGUGAAGUCAUCUGAAAUAUCCUUACACAAAGAGAGAUCAUCAAAUUUGGAUCAAAAUCUCGGGUCCCGCACUAGACCAGAACGGUGGCGUGGAAAUGAUUUUACGAACUUGCCUUCUCCAACUCCAAGACAAAGUAAUUCGGGUUGGGAUGUUAAGGAAAGAGGUUCUCUCUCGGUGGCAACUAAUCAAAAUCAAAACCCUGCGAUUAAUGGAGUCCUUGCUUCUCCUACUCCCGUCUCACCGUACAUCGGGACUCGUUCUCCUUCUGUUGUUGCAUCAUCGUCGAUUGUAAAUCCAGCCAUCCAAGCGGCCCCUUUCAGUCCAACCCCCGAUACCCAGCAAGGAACAACCUUGCUGACAUCAGCAGUUCCUCUGCACGCUCAGCCGAAUCUGACGAGCGAACCUCCGGCAGUUUCACCGCUCGCGAUGCAGAUGCCGCCAGCUCAUCUGCCAGCUGGGGGCGUGCAAGCUCAAAACCCUCAGGGUGGUUACGUGUGGGGUCCUCCGGCGGCGGGAAACGCUCCUCAGAAUUCUUCCGGAAGCUUCCAGAACUCGGGCACGCCGCCACCUCCGCCGCCAGCUGGGCUCCAGCCUGAUCCCUGGAGACCUGCUGCUGCUCAGCCGCUUAGUCAGCCAAACAUGUCUCCUUUGCCGUGGGCCGGUGUGGGUGGGCCCACAGAGAACAACGCCACGAACCCUAAUAUGGUCUGGGCCGCGAAUAUGAUACAGCAGCAGCCUAAUAAUAAUCCGAACAUGGGAUGGGGAAGCUGGGGCCCACCACCUGCAGUGCCGGUGCCGAACAACACUUCCAACUGGGGUGCUGUUCCUGCCCCUGGAAAUGUCGGGCCCAACAGCAACCCAGGCCCAGUGCCUGGGUAUGUGAAUCCCGCAUGGGGUCAAGGCCCAAUGGCGGGUAACGGGUGGGGCCCGCCAAGCGGGAAUAAUACAGGGGGCCCACCACCGUCGCUGCCAGGCCCGCCACAACAAGGAAAUAUGAAUCAGGGAGGCUCGUGGGGUGGUGGCAGUGAACAACAGAAUCAGAUGGGUGGUGGUGGUGGUCAGUAUUCUUCGGGAGGAAGGGGUGGUUCGGGCCGAGAUUCGGGCUAUAGGGGCGGUGGGCCCAGGCCUUGGAACAACAACAGGCAAUCGUCGUUUGGAGGGGGAGGUUUGAGAAAGCAAGAUAUGGAAGAAAUCCGCUGCUACACGGUGCUGCCAUGGCGGAAGUGCGACGGUUGA